CAAGCACAGACCACCAUCACAUCACAGACAGAGAAGAGAAAGGAGCUUUCACACACAUACCUUCCUUCGAAGACACCCCAUUCACACACUCCCACCCAUCUUUCUUCUCUCAGCUCUCAAUCACAAGCCAAGAAUUUACUUUCAUCUGUGUGUAAACUCUAAGAUACAACAACCUAUACUAUAUGUCUCUACAAUAACACAUGCUAGAAGAAAUGGAAGGAACAACAACAAAACCCCCACAAAUCUCCGACAUGUUUACCAAAUUCGCCCAUGUUGUCCGAACCAAAACCUUCGAACUCUUCAACGACGAUGAAGAAAACAACAACAACACCGACACUACUAAUGAUGUCUUUACUCUCCUUAAUUCCACCGAAGAAUUCAUAACUGACCAAAAAGUCGUUGUAAUCAAACCUGAUUUCCAAAAAUACCCUCAUUUAACAAAUACCCAUUUUACUAAAUCCCUUAUUUCUUCACUUUUCGCUACAAUUUCGUCAUUUGAAGCUUCUUAUCUUCAGUUACAAACAGCUCAUGUUCCCUUUGACGAAAAUGCCCUUGAAUCAGCUGAUAAAAAUUUAGUAUCAGUUCUUCAGAAAUUAACUGAAAUGAAGAAUUUGUAUAAGGAAUUUAGAAGAAACCCAAGUUGUAAUAUUGAUGUUCUUGAAGGGUCAGAAUUGGAAUUCCAGGUACAAGAGCAUCAGAGCAAGCUCAGAGUUUUGGAGACUAUGGUAAAUCAGUUACUUUCUUAUAUGGAGUCUAAAGAUGAUGAAGUUUCAAUUUUGAAGAAGAAAUUGGAUAAAUUGCAAGAUUUUAAUUUGGGGUUGUCAAGAAAGUUAGGGGUGAAAAGUGAAAAAUUGAAUAAUAGUAGUACGGAGGUAUUAUGUACAGUUCGUGUUUUUGAAUCUAUGUUACGUGAUUCGAUUAAGUCAGCGAACAAAUUUACUAAGUUAUUGAUGGAGUUAAUGAAAAGAGCAGGUUGGGAUUUGGAGAAAGCAGCAAAUUCUGCGUAUUCUGAUGUUAAUUAUGCAGAAAAAGAACACCAUAAAUAUGCAUUUUUGUCAUAUAUUUGUUUGGGCAUGUUUAAAGGUUUUGAUCUAGAAGAUUUUGGUUUGUGUGAUGAAGAAUUAUCUGGUGAGAAUGAUUAUUUGAAACAAUUACUUGAGCAUGUUUCAUGUAAUCCAAUGGAGAUAUUGAGUAUUAAUCCUAGUUGUGCAUUUUCAAGAUUUUGUGAGAAGAAGUACGAGCAGAUAAUUCACCCGACAAUAGAAUCAUCGAUAUUCAGAAAUUUGGAGGGGAAAGAAGUCAUAGUGGAUUCAUGGAAGUCGUUAAGUGUGUUUUACGAGUUGUUUGUAAGGAUGGCCAGUACAAUAUGGUUGCUUCAUAAGUUGGCUUACUCGUUUAAUCCUAUAGUUGAGAUAUUCCAAGUUGAGAGAGGGGUAGACUUUUCGAUGGUGUACAUGGAAGAUGUUACAAGGAAAAGUCAAUUCCCGUUGAGCAAGACGAGGCCAAAGGUGGGAUUUACUGUGGUACCUGGGUUUAAAAUUGGGAGGACAGUCAUUCAGACACAGGUUUAUCUAACUGCCUUAAAAUCCAAGGAAUAGGGUAAAACAAAGAAAUCUGUAUAGUGAUCUGCAAGUUUCUUUGCUUUAUUGUGCUUUGGUCCCUCUUAACUUACACCAAGAGAUUCAGAAUUCAAAAGAAUUCUUGUCAAAGUGAUAGAUGCUGCUAUAGCCGAGAGAUAAGCCAUUUUAUAUCAUCGCAGAAGUUGGUGUCCUGCCAGCCUGGAUUGGUAUGGAUGCUUUUCGUUAUUGUCACUAGUAAGUGGUCACUAGUUAGUCUAAUUUGUGUAUUUGCUUGCUUAGAGUUUCUGUUUCCAGAGUUCUGUAUGUAAAGCAUUGAUUUUUAUGUUUUUUCUUUUGGUUGUUUUUCUUUGUCUUUUGAUUACUUUUAAAUUAGGGAGGUGACAUGAGGUGGUGGUAGUACAGGAUAUUACACAAUCUAAUUGUAUGUAACUCUUUCAAUGUGAAAAUGGACAGUGAUUUCAAUAGUUCAAUGAAAUCUUUAAUUAGUUGGCAUA